AUGGUUUUGGCCAUUAUUGAACCUCUGAUAAAGCCGAAGCCGGAUUUCUUUAGCAGGAUCUUUGGUCUUCAAUUCAAGGGAUGCAACUGCAAUGGGCAGAUUUGGAUUUUUGUGGCUGAAGGAAUGGAAGUUGAUAGGUGGGAUGAUUCAGAGCAGAUCUUGCAUGCUCGGUUCAUUACUUCUAUGAUACCUGUCCCUUUCUUUGAUUCGGUGGCUUACGGGAAAUGCUCUAGAAAAGGAAGAAUUGGGAUGUGGAGCAAGCUCAGAAAGCUUGCUGCGAAGCUGGAUGGUCAGCCUUGGUUGGUGGGGGGCGAUUUUAACAUUUUUGUUUCUGAAGAGGAAAGACAAGGAGGUAAUAAGAAGAGAACUAGGGAGAUGAUGGAGUUUGUGGAAACCAUCAGUGACUGCCAGCUAUUGGAUGUAGGGGCUGAUGGACCUAAGUUCACAUGGGCGAGGGGAGAUACCUUUGAGAGGUUGGACAUAGUGCUUAUUGGAGAAGGCUGGGCAAAUGUGUUUGAAGCAACAAGAGUUACCAAUCUUCCAAGAAUUCUGUCAGAUCAUUGCCCUCUUUUGAUAGUGAGCCGAGUCCCUGGCCCGAGAAUUAGGCCAUCCUUUCGCUUUCAGAGUAUGUGGGUAAGGCAUCAUUUGUUUUUGCAAGAGGUGGAAAGAUGUUGGAAGGAGGAUACUGGCACAAGGGGAAUGACAAUUGUGCAACUUAAGCUGAGCCGGCUUAAAAGAAGCUUGAAAAUCUGGAAUCGUGUUAUUUUUGGGGAUAUCUUUGAGAGGUUGAAGAAAGCUGAAACAGAGGCCAAGGAGGCUUUAGAAACUUAUGAGAAGGAGCCUUCUCCUUCGCUGAGGUCUGAGAUGAAUAGAACCACGGCAGAGUAUCUGUUAAGGCUGUGA